CCGCCAUGUCGCUCACAAAGGUGAAGGUGGAGAAAACAGAUUUAGAGGCGUCCAAUGCCCGGAACCGACUGGAAACCAUCCUCCAGGGUCUGCUGAACAGGAGCGAGGCCGACAGGGAACAGCUGGAGGACGAUGGCGGAAAGACCUCGGCAGACCCCCUUUGCAAAGAAUCGUCUCCAUCUGCAGCUGGAAAAAGGCCACCAGCACGCCUGUCUCACAACCGGCGGAAGAAGAGAAAAGAGGAAGAUGGCAUCUCUGAAACUGGACAGCCCAAAAUGAACACUUUUGUCAUCCGCCUGUUUGAUCGGAGCGUAGACUUGGCGCAGUUUACAGAAGACACGCCCCUUUAUCCCGUGUGCCGAGCCUGGCUACGCAACGCGCCUGCAGCAAAGGCCCCCGAACGGCCAUCAACGCCCACGCCGUCGGAGGAGGGUGACGUGGUGAACGGGAGCUCUCAGAACAUCUUCCACCUACCUUCUCCCACACCGAGUCCGGUGACUGAGGGCGGAGAGCCGGUAAACUUGAGGAUACCAUCCCCCAUCCCUCGGGACGAAGACCAGCUCAACCUCAGUCUACCAACAGAGCAGUCCCCGAGCAUGACCACCCUCAUCCGUCGCAACAUGGACCGAUGGAAGAAUGUCCGGCAAAGGUGGAAAGACGCAUCUUACCAGAAUCAGCAGCGCUACGGCCAGAGUAUGAAGAUCCUGAAAGAGAUGUAUGAGCGCCAGUAACCCCACCAUUGACGCAGCCCGGGCCUCCGCUGAGUAUUUUAUUUACCGCCAUGUUUUUAUAUCGCACUUC